AUGAAUGUUGAGUCAGGAGCUGAAGAUAGCUUAAAAAUUCCCAGUAUAACAAGUGAUUUCGAAUUGGAAGCUCCUAACAUCACAUUCAAAAACUUCACCGUCGAAUUCAAUAAUCAUAAACUAGCAGCCAAGGUCAGCAGUGCACCUUCUAUCGAAGAGUCUGGAUCAGAGAAUGAAUCAGUUUUGGAGAGAUUUUUUCGUCAACCUUUACAUGGAGAUGUAGACAAUCAAGGAUGGGGAGGAAGCCUGCGAACACAAGCAAGGGGAUCUUUGUCAGCUUAUCGGCCAGAGUUCCCUAACAUCACUCCUUUUGACUUUUCGUCAAGGUACUCAAUGAACAUGAUUAGGGUUAACUAUAUCACGGCGGAUUGCUAUGACAACUACAUGAGGAUCAACCUUCAUUUUAAUGGCACUUUCUCCGGGAUAGUGUACAGUACUGGAUACGUUCACGAUCCUGACUGUGUUUAUAUCAAUGGUUCUUUCGAAAAGCGUUAUGAGUUCUACAUUAGGCUUAACAGGUGUGGCACCUUGGGGCAGAGGAAGGGGGAUUACAACACUUAUUUUGAGGAAGACAAAAAGCACUCUAAUGAGUACAUGUGGAACACCAUUACUGUUCAGUAUAACUCUGUCAUCGAAGAAGAAUGGGAUGAAAAUUUCCGAGUUACGUGUGAAUAUGGCUAUGAUUUUCGAAAAACGGUUACAUUUCCUUUGGCGAACGUCGAGGUGAAUACGGGAAACCCCGUUGUGUUCACUCUAACUCCACCUGAGUGUUAUAUGGAGAUCAAGGAAGGCUUUAAUGUCAGAGGUCAUCAGAUAGAUGGACCAGUCAGUGUGGGAGAUCCAUUGACUCUGAUAAUCCAAAUGAAGAGUGAAAACAGUUAG